CGAUACGUUGGACACGGACACCGACCGAGUAGCUCGGGAAGUACGGAGAGGCCGAGCGCUGUCGAUCGUAGGUUCUGUUGUAUGACAUGAAGACAACGCGCUUAUAUCCAAAAAAACGCUUAUAAUUAACGAACUUUGCGUAUAUGUGUGUUUUUAAAGUGAGAGCCCAAUAACAGAAAGUGCAUACAUACAUUUUAACUUACUAAUUACUGUGUUUUGAACAAACUAACAAUAAUAGAGCUGGUACAACGUCAAGUGUUCCCCACGAUGGCGCUAUGGCCGCUUAAACAAGUAAGGAGCAAAUCCGCCUUAACCUCAUUCCCAGUUUUGUAAACAACGGCGAAACUAAAAAAGACCAUUUAAAAGGAAAUUCUCUAUGCAGUUUUGGAGAUUAAUCGGUAAUUAUGUAAAUUAAAUCAUGGAAUACCGCUCUCUCUUGACAGAUUUGCCAAAUACAUUGUUGACGAAUUAAUCAUAAAAAAAUCAGCGCAAUGAAUAAUCAUGCAAAAGGCAAUUCGAAUAACUCCUCUGUUAGUAAUUUUUCAAAUAGUAAUAGUAAUUCGGUUAAUAGUAACGUUAAACAAGAAAGACAAGAUGAUCCUGAGAUCAGAGAGUUGGCGGCUAAAUUUGUUGAGGCUAAUAAGGCUAAAAUGGCAGUACCUCAGAGAAAUCAACAACCCAGCACUCCAGCUAUGAAUAUACUAAGUUUUCUAUCUAGUGAUAAACCCAAAGUGAAGCUUCCAGCCCAGCCAAGCAACUCUAGUGAAGAGAUCAAAAACAUUGAUGAAGAUUCUGCUAAAGGCAGGUUUGGCUGGACUUCCAUGGGUAAAGUACAUAUUCCUUACAUUAUUAGAGCCGGAGAUAAUUAUUGUGCAGUUCGUAUGGUGGAAAUGAAAGUCUUAAACAAGUGGCUAAACUAUCUACACCAAGACUUAUACAACUGUACAAAUAUCAGAAGCUACUACAUAACAGAAGUGGAGGCGAGACUGUUAAAUGAAAUUAAUCUUAAACAUUGUGACUACCAAUUUGGCAGAGAACAAUUCACAUCCAGAGACUUAAUAGUGAGACUAUCUGACGCGAACGAAUUCUAUCAGUUUUUAGGACAUUGCUAUCAUAAACUAGUGAAUACUAUUGAGGCUGAAAUGCCAAACCGUUGCGGCUUUAUUCGAAUUAACAGGGAAUCGGUUGUUCCUUAUACUGUGUAUAACGAUCAAAAAUAUGUUCCUUUAUUUUAUUUUGAAGGAGAAACCGACAACCUAAAACAGAGAGCCGACAAGUUAGAAGGCUGGGACCUUUCUUAUUUAAAGUUUUGUUGUAAAGUUCAGGGCAUCAGGAAUGAACUUUUUGCCCAUGAUUCCUGUUCAGUGAUUAGUUUGAAUGAUAUAAAAAAUUACUUUCCACCGGGAACAGUAUUCGAGGAUUACUGGCCCAAAAAAAAUCUAGACUCUUCUCAGCUGUUGAUUAGUGGCAGAACUAAUGCACCCCAAAAUGUUCAUUGGACCAGGCAACCUGUGGCACCACCCAUUACUGCACACCCUCCUCCAAGCCCCAAGCCUGCUACACAGGCCAAAGCAGCGACCAACGGGCCAGCAGGGAUGCAUAAUGUACAUGUUUAUUCGAAUAGCUAUAGCAUAGCUGGAGGACAGCCUUCUUACCAUGCGGCGCAACCGAGAGCUGCCAGUUCAGCUGCAAGAGCAAGUUAUCAAAAUACUUCUGCCAGACAUAUGAGGCCUGGAACGGGAUAUUAUGCCAACAUGGGACAAGCACCUCCCCCACCUUUAGUUCGAUCAGCAACGAUGGUGGGACAAUACAACACCCAAAAUAAGGCUGGGAACAGUUUUAUGGUGGUAGAUCCCCAAAACAAUUAUCACCAAGCUACAUCACAGGCGAACUAUCCACCUCCACCACUUUUACAGCAUAUGAAUGGAGGAAUAUCAAGAUAUGAUUGCCCUCCAAGCAAUUACGGUACAAAUCGGCCUCUAGAUCAAUUAGUCAAUCAAAAUCCAGCGCACCAGGCUUCGUCUAGGACGCAAACCGCAUCGGCGUCCCCCCAGGACUCUACUUCAGCAAUAACCAACGGAAGGGCGCUACUAAACGCUACCCCCAACAGAAACAAGUUGCCAGAAUCGCCGCCAGUCGCCACUGGCGCCACCAACAUUCCAUACAAAAUCCAGAAGGCCCUGGUCCAGGGGAAGACGCUCAAUUUGAUCAAUAUGAAACCAAACGUCUAUUCGGAACAUCUGGUUACACUGGACGACUUGGUGGCGAACUUUUUUCCAGGGGUACCUCUACAAAACUGCCAACAGGUCAUGGAAGUAUUAGGCAUUCAAAUUUACUCAGCCAAUUCAGACCAAAUGCUGGUAUUGUUACAAAGUGGUAAGUAUCUAUAUAGAAACGAAACGGUACUACUAGUUCAAGUAAGGAAUGUGAUAGACUAUAUGCCUCAGUUAAAAUAUAUGUUGGACGGUAUGGUAACUGAAGUAGCAGCCAAGAGACAAAGAAACAGCUAGGGGUCAAUGAUCUGGAGGCCACCAUGGACCGAUGAUGAGCCGCCCGCUUUACCGAAGUUCAACGAGUCGCCUAGAUUCGACGUGUCGCCUAAUUUUGACGUUCCGCCUAGCCUGGACGAACUGCACGCUAUGGCGGAGAGCUGCUUCACCAGAGCGAUGGGACACAUUUACUGGGAUCAAAUAUCUAGUUAUUUUUUAAACAGCACUAGCUUUAUUGGCUACCAUUUGGAUAGUAACCAUUUCGAGGGUGAUAGCGUGGAGAGGAAUGUCGAAUACAAGGCGAAGGGCGAUCCGAACUGCAAUUGCUACUGGUGAGGAUUUGCGUCUCUCGGAGACUCGACAAGUUUGUUCCUAUAUAAAAGUGUAACAUAAAACUAAAGAGACCGUGUAUGGAAGUGAACCGUUUUUUGUAAUAUAUGGUUUGUGCUGAUUUAUUUUUUUACGUUAUCAACUUCAGAGGACUGCAUAUAUACAUGUGACAUUCUUCACAGAUAUUUCAAUUUAAAUUAAUUAUUUAUUUGCUUAGUUAUCCUUUUUUUAGUUUUGAAAUUUAAUAAUAACUUUCUCGGAUAUUUGAUUUGGUUUUUUAUUUCGACAUCCUUACGUUUCUUUGUGCAUCAACUACAGGGUGUACCUUAAAAUUCGCAACAACUUUUUAUAAUUCCUCAUAACUUUUUAUCCGAUAUAUCGCAUAGUCCAGGAGCCAGUGAAGAUUGAAACCAUUGCCCUUAUUUUCGUAGUCCUAAAAAUUUGUCAGAUGAUCGUUUA